CUAUUUUCAUGAGUCAAACUCCAGGGCGUCUAGUCUACAGCCGUAGCAGGCGCCCAGUCGAUGUCAUCACUCGAACGAAACGAUUUGAUCGAACUUAAUUUGUUUAAACCCUAUCCGUGUCUCCUUGAAGCACUGUCGAGUCGACAUUACUAAUCCGUGCGCAAUACCCUGCAAAAUAAAGUAAAACUACGUAAAACUACAGUUUAUUGUUGCUGAGGAGAGAAGUAUACGGAUAUAAUACGACUACCUGACUGCUCGGUUGAUAUUUGCGUGGUACGUUAAUGUGUGCAUGCGCCCCUCAGCUCCGGCUAGGACAGAGGAAAGGUGCUAGGACAGAGUAAAGGGGCUAGGAUAGAGAUGGGUGGGGCUAGGGCAGAGGAAAGGUGCUAGGAAAGAUGAGGGGGCUAUGACAGAGGAGAGGGGCUAUUACAUAGGCGAGGCCUAGGACAGAGGAGAGGUGCUAGGAAAGAGAAGGGGGGGGGAGGUUGCUAGGACUGUGGAAAGGUGCCCUAGGCCAGGGGUCUCAUGGGGUACCCACCCACCACCACACAUUUUGAAGAGAAAAAUAAAUGCUUUCAAAUUAACGUGGGAUAAUGAAAAUGUCUUUCAGUAUAAUGUUCAACAGUGUUUCUUUGACAGCCUUUCAGAGCGCAUGGAAGAUAGCUCUUCUCAUUCUGUCUGUAGGAGUGUUGGAGUUACGAAUGCUGGAUCCAACAUGCCGCCAUGUGUCUCCUACAGAACCCGAGCCUCCAGAGGUUUCUCCAUCGGCUCUCUCACUCUUGGUCCGAGACGAACCAUGGCCGGCCGCCUAGCCUUCCAGACCCAACUCGCCUCCAUCAUGGAGGUGCUGGCUAACACCGCAGUGGCGGAGAUCUGUAAACUGGUGGACGACGACUACGCGGUGGUGAGCCUGCAGAUGUCUCAGUGCCAGAGAGAGAACAAGGCGCUGAAGAGGAAGCUCAACCUGAUGGAGCUCAAGAUGGCCCGCGGCUUCGCCGAGCGGAGGCUGCGGGACAGCGCUGCCAGUAUCGGCCGAACCAGGGUGCACGUCGGCUCCAACGACCGCUUCAGAGCCUCUCCGGCAGCCUCUGGUGUGGUGUUUGAGGGGCAGAUGGACAUGGUUCCUUGGCCAGGCGGAGUGGUGAGAGAGACCACCACCUGCGACCUCCAGCAGGACACGUCUGCGGACGUAGAGCUGCUUGAAACAGAGUUGGUGAAGCAGGAGAAGAUGGAGGAGACAGAAGAGGAGGUGCAGCUCAUCAGAGCUGAUGGUCAGAUGGAGAGAGGACCUGGGGGAGGCCGGGUCCAGCGGAGCAGCCGCCCUCAGCAGGAGGUCCAGGCCGCCUAUCACCACAAUGAGUGUCCGGACCCCGCCCCAUCAGCCAGCACCAGAGGAGUGGAGAAGGAGGAGGAGCCUGACGUGACGCUGGUGAAGCAGGAGGCGGGGCUAGAGUCUCCAGACCACUCCCACCCCACAAUCAUCAUACAAGACGUCUCUGUCGGGCUACCAUUGGACAACACCAACAAAGCCACCAGCCAACCGGUCCAGGAACUCCAGGAAUGUUGGCAGGGCUUCUCACAGACCCCUGCUGACCCCCAGGCCAAGCCUUCAGAAGAGCCCUGCACUACUAUCCCUGUCCAUGCGGGGGCCACAGACACCAACACGCAGUCCAAGGACUCCACCUCCCAGCAGCCCCGGCGGCCCGGCAGUGAGGCUGCGGCCUCAGAGGUCUCUGUGUUGGACCUGGAGGCUUUCUUCACCCGCUGGACCCCCGACUCAGGAGCCCCGCCCACUGCUCCUCCCUCCUUCAGCACAGAAGAGCUGCUGGAGGAAGAGGAGGAGGAGGAGGAAGAGGUGGUCCUAGUAGGGGAAGACCACCAUCCCCCACGCAGGAGGAGAGGGUUCAGCCAGAGGAGCUCUAGAAUACACACCAAUCACAGCCCUUCUCCAGGUAACUCGCUGUCUGGAUCGCCACGGUUACAGGCCCCACCCCAACAGCCCACCUGGAGCCGGGCGGCGGCCAUGAUGAGAACCACGCAGCCUCAGUCGCUGCAGCACAGGCGUCACGGCUACAGGGCCGCCCAUCGUGGUCUCCACGCCCCCCAGAACCCGCUAGCCACCACCGUUAACGCCAACGCCGGUCUGAGCGGUGUUGGCCAUCGCGCUGGAACACUGAUCCGCCGUUUGCAGAGUUUCCCCAGUUAUCCCCCAGCCGGUCACCCAGCCGGCGGCAGUGAAAGGAAGGCGCUGACCAGUGAUGGUUCGGGGCUGGGUGGUGUAAGCAUUGGGCUAGAUGGGGUCGGCAGGGGGCUUGAUAGUGUGAGCAUGGGGCUAGGUGGCGUUAGCUUAGGGCUAGGCGGGAUUGGCAUGGGCCUUGGUGGGGUGAGGGUGGGGCAAGAUAGUAUUAGCAUGGGGUCUGGGAGUGUUGGCUCAAGGCUAGGCAGUGUUAACGCCGGGCUGGCCGAUGUAAGAGGGGGGCUAGGCAGUGUUAGCGGGGGGCUAGGUGGUGUUAGCGCUGGGCUAGGCGGUGUUAAUAUGGGGCUGUGUGGGGAUGGUACAGGGAUAGGGGAUGUUAGCGGGGGCCUCGACGGUAUUAGCUCCAGGCUAGGCGGGGGAAGCCGCAGGAGGAACUACGUGUGCCGGGCCUGUGGGAAGGCCUUCUCCGGGCUGUCCAACCUGGAGGCCCACCAACGGGUCCACACGGGGGAGAAGCCCUUCAGCUGCUCCACCUGCGGCAAGCGCUUCUCAGAGGCCGGCAACCUGAAGAAGCACCAGCGGGUCCACACCGGGGACAAGCCCUACAGCUGCCCCCGCUGUGGGAAGCGCUUCGCCUGGGUCUGCAGCCUCAGGACCCACCAGCAGACCGGAGCCGGCUGUGGGCUCCAGGGGGGCGGACCGGGGGGGCCGGAUCAGUGACCAGGUUCUGAGGAGUAGCAGGACUUUCUGGCCUGAGUCCACGAGGGCUCUGAUGCUGAUUCAAGUCAUUUAGUCACUCCCACCAGUCAGGAUGUUUGAACCUCUGGAGAGGGGAACCAACCAGGACCUUUACCGACGGUUACCUCUGAAAAGAACCAGACACGCAAAUAUAACCUCAGGGACAACAGAGGCACUGUGACAUGAGUCAGACCUCAAACAUGGUCAGUACCUUCCAAGCACUUGAAGAGGGGGAUGCAUACUGUGAGGGGGGUAUGGGUGGAGGAAAGUAGCUGUCCUGGUCAUUGACACAUUUUGUUAUCAUCAGGAGACAUUCCUUGUGUGAGGCAUGUCUCGCACAAUCUUUUGGGGAUUAUAAACCCAAAAUGUGUUGUAGAAUACAUUUGGUUCACAUUUUCACAGUUUUGCCUCUGAACCACAACUGUUCCUUAUUGACUCCUCACAGUACUGCAGUGUCCCAUGAAAUAUUGUGAUGUACAAACCCUUUACAACACCACUUUCUACUUUUCUAACUACAUGAAUUCAGGGAAACCAAAGCAAACUAUUUUUUUUAAAUGUCUUCAAAAUAAGUGCAGUGUAGGAGGGUGUUUUAAAUAGUUAUUUGUUAAAAUAAAAAGUAUUGACAAAUAAGGAUCUAAAUUUCCUUGGUAUUUUGGUUGAAAGUUGUAUAGGUCGGUGAUCGCUUCACGUGAAUACUGUAUGUCAUCAUAACACGCGCCACGUCAUGAGGGAGGCAAGUAACAACAUUGACAUGCAGACGCCGUGUUGACCUUUGGAUAGUACGACAACGUCACCAUAAUGGAGGCCCAGACUGGCCUGUUAACGAGUGAACUGCCGUUUUUUCCUGUACGAGAUGGUUAAGUUCUCAACCGAUUUCAAGGAGUCGUUUAAAUUUAACAGUUUAUGAUCUACAUGGAGUAAUAAAACAUUGGGUAAAACAGCUAUUGGUAUGCGAAAAUGAUGUGCACGCACCUCUUCAGCCUGUAGUCCUCCCGGAGCUUAGAACCGCGUCACUGCGACUAGACCCAGUCUCAUGACACCUUAGAUGACUGCAGUGUAUUUUGAGAACGUUUUGAUGCUUUUCACAGCUAAAUAUCCAAAGCAAAAGGGGCUUGAGCAGCCCUAUUUGCAGUCAGUUCAUGUAAUUUGUGUACAUUUUUGGGUGAAAAACUAUUUUGCCCCUGGUGUAUGCUUGAAGGAGGGCAAGAAUUAUAGAUCACCGAUUAUCGUAUUUGAAUGGAAUUGUAUCCUUAUGAAAGAGUAUCAACCUUUUGUUUCACAGUCUUAAUAGCAAUAAUAAGAUGUGCCCUCAAAAUGCUCAACUAUGAGGUUUGAAAUGUCAGUGAGAAAGGAAAACUAAUUUUAGUCCGAUACCAACAUAACAUUUUCAUAUACUGAAGUAAAGUAACAACCAUCAGACUUGCGAAUGGUAUUUGAAUUCCUAAGCAUGUUGUGCUAUUGGUCGAUUCCAUGUAAAACUAGGGUUUGGACAAAUAACUGCCCAGCCUUGCAUUCAAAUAAAGUGUGUGGGGCACUUCUGAA